GCUACUUCUGGGAGAACGUUUUCUGGAGGUCUUCCUACGUAGAAAAACUGAGCUGCCUCCUCCAUAGGCCAGAGUACCUGGGGGCUACCUACAAAGAGAAAUUAAUUUCUGUGAAGAUUAAAUCCCAGCAGAUCUUGGCAUCAGCUCUUCCAAAUCAGAAUGUCCACAAAAGUAAGGGAGGCUUCGAUGCUGGUUUCACAAACGCCAGAUGAACAAGAUAGGAUUCUAAUAGUGAAGAUGGAAGAGGAGGAAAUCCACACCUGUGAGCAGGAACCCAGUCUCCACUGGAACAACUGCUAUAGCCCAGAAACAUUUCGGCAGCGUUUCAGGCAGUUUGGCUACCAGGAUUCACCUGGCCCCCGUGAAGCCCUGAGUCAACUUAGGGAGUUUUGCCAUCUAUGGCUGAGGCCUGAAAUGCACACAAAGGAGCAGAUCUUGGAGCUGUUGGUGCUAGAGCAGUUCCUGGCAAUUCUGCCCAAAGAGCUCCAGACCUUAGUACAAAAGCAUCAUCCAGAGAAUGGCGAGGAGGCAGUAACUGUGCUGGAAGAUUUGGAAAGGGAGAUUGAUGGACCAGGAGAGCAGGUCUCAUUCCAUCAACAAAAUCAAGAAGAGAUGGUACUUCAAGGAGCAGAUCAGGAGUCACUAAGCCUCCAAGUCCAGCCCAUGGUUAACCAGCUCAAGUGGGCAUCUUGGGAACUCCACACCCUAAGACGAAGUGGUGAUGACACCAGAAUGGAGAAGGUAGAACUGGCUCCAAAGCAGAUUUCUUCUGAUAUAGCAUCUCAUGGUAGUAAUAUUCCUGGCACCCUCAAUAUGAAUGUUCCCCAGGUUUUAAAAUUUAGAGAAACCUGUGAAAGUGAUGGCAGAUUCAAAAGAAGGCAGGGCAAUCCCUCUCGCAAAAAACAGUAUAAAUGUGAUGAAUGUGGUAAAAAUUUCAGUCAAAGCUCAGCCCUUAUUCUUCAUCAGAGAAUCCACAGUGGAGAGAAACCCUAUGAAUGUGAUGAAUGUGCAAAAGCUUUCAGCAGAAGCUCAAUUCUUAUUCAACAUCGGAGAAUCCACACUGGGGAGAAACCUUAUAUAUGUCAUGAAUGUGGGAAAGCAUUCAGCCAAAGUUCCAAUCUUUUUAGACAUAAGAGAAGGCACAAUAAAGAAAAAAUCCUAACAGUGUCAUGAGUGUUUGAAAGCAAUCAAAAUCUUUUCAUCAGAAGAGAAGACUCAAUAGACAAAGAUCCUUUUGAUGAAAUCAGUAUAGUUUUAGUGGGCAUAAAUUCCCUGUUGAAGAUCAGAAAAGCCACUGUGGAGAAUGUGAAACGUUAAUCACCAUUUCUUCCUUAUAUAGUAGUACAGUACCAUCCCUAUCAGACAUUUGAGAAUCCUAGCUCUACUUCAGGCAGUCACCCUUAAGUCCCACUUGUUGGGGAUAAUCUAUUAAUUUAUUCUGUUUCCAUUGCCAUGUCAGCUAGAUGGCUGUUUGCCCCCUUCUCUAAAAAUGUCCUUCCUAGAUAAUUUCCCCCUAUUUAGAGUAAAUGUAAAAGUUUUAUAAGGUAAUUCGUUGAAAAGAUGGGCACUUUUUAUUUUUAAAAAUGCAGCAUAGGAAUUCUGGCGACAAGUCAGAAGACAUCUUUUUCAGCUCUUCUAUUAGGCCUAUUGAUUUUGGCCUGGAUCUAGAAUUUCAUUGGUAUAGAGAAUAUUUUCCACUGUACAUCCACAAUUCACACUAUGGUCACACAGCUUGUAUAUAUGAGAGAUAGGACUUGAACUCAUAUCUACCAGAUUCCAAAGCCAACACUCUUAUGUACAACACCAUGUAGUCUCUCUUGUUAUCACACUUUAAUAUAAAGAUUCAGGCUUAUAGGAAGAGUAGCCAGAGAGUUAUAGGCCCCAAAAUACAUGGUUACCAUUAUCUAGGAUGAGAGAUUAUUGAGGUCAAGAAAUGGACAAGACUCCCAGGUUAGAAAACAGGCAUACUAUGAUUGAGGCUAGUAAGAAUGUAAAUAGUCUGUAGUUUAGAGCCAGCUCAUUGACAAGAACAAGAUGUUUCCCUGUGUUUGUAGGAAGCCUCUAGCUUUAAAAAAUGUGUAUAUAAAAUAAGCUACCAAAUCAGAUUAUCACAUGAUAUGAAAGUAUAUUGUAACAAAUUGAUGUUAUGCUAAGUGGUCGUAGCAUCAUCAUCAUCUAGGAAAUGGAAAGUUGUAGAGUAAGGCUUUUUCAGUGUAUCUGCAGCAUUGUCUAAAAGGAUCCCCUUUAUUAGCUGAGUUGUAUAUCUAAUUAUAUUGGCAAGCAUAUCUUUAUAAUGAAGUAGUACGAUUGAUUGGGCUAUUGCAUCUUAUUGCAAGUAUCACUUAAAAUUGAGGCAAAGGGAACUUUAGAUAAUUUUGUUACAAAAUUUCAGAAGUCUCAGUACCUGAGAGGCUAUUUAGUCUAACCCAUAACUUAACAGUAUACACCAGAUAGCUCAAUACCAGAAAAAGAUAACUAGCUAACACAACUAUAUAAUUUAGUUAAUGGAUAUAUUUCCUCAACAUAAAUUAAAAAUUGACUUGCUAAUACAAAUAAAUCUUGAGAUUUGGGGUAAGCUUAACCACUGUUUCCAAACAUAGAGUUGAGAUUUGAGUCUGGACUCAUGAGGAUACCACAAAAAUGUAGAAAUUGGUAAUACCUGAUUUAAAGAACUUGCCAAAAUCUUUUGUAUACAUUCUUCAAAAUUGAAGUUAAAAACAUGUCCGCUAUAGUUUAUAAGUUUUAAAGAUUUAUUAUAUUUUUCAGCAGCUAAUCAAUACAUAUUGGGCACAUAUAGUAGCACAGAAAUUGUACCUACAUGUUUAAUGGAAACAAGUGUUCUAUUUGAAAAUAAAGUAACUGGUUUAUUUAUUUAAAUUACUUUGACAGAAACUGAUAAACUAAUUUUCCCUUUUGAGGGAUUCAUUAUGCGUAUUAUAAUAAUACACAUUUUGUUAGUGAUAAUGCCUGUGUAACAUACUCCAUUGACUAUAUUCUUCUGUUAUGCUUCAAUUACACUACUGGGUAGAAAAACAUCAGAUAUAAAGAUGAGACAUGAGAAAGAAGAAGGAACAGAAGGUACCUGUAAGUGGCCCUUUGGUCUACUUGUAACUGCCACAAAGUAUAAUCAUUUCACACUUCUCCCAAGAUUAUUAAUAUAUCUAGUGCUUUGGAUGAUUCCAAAAGGUUGGAAUUCGUGUGGGCCAGUUAACAAUAUAUGUGACAAAUACAUAGCAACUAGUCAUUAAAAAAAGCCAGUAGGGAGAAAUGAAUGCACAAUGGAGCUUGUUUAUAAAUAUGCCGAUAGUAAUUAUGUCAUGUGGACUAUAGAGUUAAGUAUGUAUAUAUGACUAUGUAUUGAUAUAAUGUAUUAUUUUAUGUUAUAGAAAAUGAAAAGGUCUUUUGUUUGGGACUCAUUCUCCUUGUGGCUGAAAGGAACAAACCAAUGACCAAUAAAGCAGUGACCU